AUGGGUUUACUACCAAACCCGCUGCGGGCCCGCGAGCCGCAGCUCCCACUUUACCAAAAAGUCAACUCUCCAACCAAAGAACGAUACUCCGACGACGACUACUCAACCGACGAGGAAGAUGAUUAUGAAGAUGAGCCAUACUCACCCGAGAGUUCUUUAGCAGGCUCUUCGAGACACACCUCAGGGUCCGCGUCCAGCGGCCUGUUGAUGCUACCGAGCCACCAGAAGAAGCCUCUUCCUCUAAGACGGAAGAUCGCCAAAAUCUACCCCUACCGAAUGCCAAACAAAGUAACACGAUACUUGUUCUGCACAUUCAUAACGUUUAUAAUCGUUAUGGUAUUCACUCUCGUCCGAGCCAGCCAGGUCGAGAACUGGAAGGUUGCCAAUGGCAAGGUUGACAACAGACCACCUCCACCGCCACCAGCAUGGGAGAAGUUUCACUUUAUGGAGAGAUACUACGGUGGAUUAAAGUCCUUGGUCACAAUGGAGGAGCUCAAACCUGAGUGGCCUCACGUUAAGAACGAGCCUGAGAUGCUGAGCGAGGGCAACGACUGGAACAAGCAAAACGAGAUUAAGGGUGACAAAGAUAGCGACGAGACCGACAAGGCCGCCACUGAAGAGAUCGAAGCUGUUGCUCAGGGUACCAAGUCGUCCAAGAAGACUACUAGAGACGAAAAGCCCAAGGACGACACUGCAGAGGAAAAGGAGGAUAAGUCGAAGGACGACUCCAAAGCCGACAAGAAGAAACUCCCCAAAAGUAACGACUGGAGCGGCUACGCAAACAAGAGCGAGGAAACCGACAUGAAGGAAUGUUUCCUCGAUGUUGAUGGCACAGUUCGAGUCCCACAGCUACGAUACUACAACGGUCGUCCCCAAGGAUUCCCCGAGCACGCUAUUGGAUCCUACGAGACCUUGAACCUACCCGAAGACAUCUGCUUCGACCGUUACGGCCGAUAUGGCCCUUACGGGUUUGGUUACUCUUCAAGGAACGGCGGACUCAGUGUUGGUGAGCAUGGUCAAAAGGAGGGCUCUGAUGCCGUCUGGGAGAAGACACCCCGCGUCGAUUACCGACAGAUUGACUGGGCUGAUGUCCAGCGACGCUGCUUCAAGACCAACCAGGCUCGUUUCAAGGAACUGCCCUCAAAGGUCCAGACUCCUCAUGGUUUCUUUGCGCAUGAACCCAAGCCUAAAGCCCUUCCUAGCUCUACCCUCGAGCGCCGCGGUGCCGAGGAGAAGCCCAAGACUGAGAAGGAGACUUCUGUUGCUAAGGCUGAUGAAGCUAAGACGAAGACUGAGGAGACGAAGUCUAGUGUAUCCAAGGUUGAAGCGACGAAGGCUGCAGAGCCCACCAAGGCUGCCCAACUGUCGAAGGCUGAAAAGUCUAAGCCCGCACAGUCCAAAACCGAGGAAUCCCAGCCUGAGAAGUCCAAGUCUGACAAGUCUGAGCACGAGGAUGAUAAAGUUGAGAACCCCAAGACUGAAUCUUCCAAUGUUCCCGAUGCUGGACUCUCACGAACUGCUGUCGUUGUGCGUUGCUGGGACGAGUACAACUGGCGUGAAGACGACAUUGUCAACCUUCGGUCUCUCAUUGCUGAGCUUGCUGUGACCUCUGGUGGCCGCUACGAUAUCCACCUGUUGGUUCAGGUCAAGAACGAAGCCGCUCAUCCUGUUUGGGCCGAUGAAAGGAUCUACCAGGAACGCAUUGAGGAGGCCAUCCCUGAAGAAUUCAGAGGCCUAGUCACACUCUGGUCAGAAACACAAAUGCUCGCUCUCUACCAGGGCAUCUAUGAUCACUUCUCCCGUGGCCCCGAUCUGCCUGUCCACGGUGUGUACCGCGGUCUUUCCAUGGCCAUGCAGUACUUCGCCCACAAGCACCCUGAGUACGACUACUUCUGGCAGUGGGAGAUGGAUGUGCGCUACACAGGCCACUACUACGACCUCUUCAGCAAGCUUGAGAACUGGUCCAAGGCCCAGCCGCGCAAGGGUCUCUGGGAGCGCAACUCCCGCUUCUACUUCCCCAGCAUCCACGGUACCUGGGAGGACUUCUCACAGAUGGCUCGCGUCCAGAGUCAGAUGGGCGUCGUAGGUGCUGAUAAUGUCUGGAAGGGUAUGCCUGGUCUCGAGGGCAAGUCUCCUGAUGCCGAUACCAAGGGCCAGCGCACUGUCUGGGGACCUCUUCGCCCUAAGGACGAUGAUGACUGGUUCGAGCCUGGCAACGACCCUGUUGCUCCUACAUCUUACGAGAAGGAUCACUCCAAGUGGGGUGUUGGCGAGGAAGCUGAUUACAUUGCGCUCAACCCCAUCUUCAACCCCGACGGUACAACCUGGGGUCUCAAGGACGAUAUCACCGGCUUCAACCGAUCCGAAGGACUCCCUCCCCGCCGCGCUAACAUCAUCACCACCGCGCGCAUGUCCCGCCGACUGUUGACCACCAUGCAUAAGAUGACGGCUUUUAAGAAGCAAUUCGCGUUCCCUGAGAUGUGGCCUGCCACCGUAGCUCUGCAGCACGGGUUCAAGGCUGUUUCUGUGCCUCAUCCCGUCUACGUCGACCGAGCCUGGCCCGAAGCCUACAUGGCUCAGGUAUACAACAACGGUCGCGAUGGCUCGAGUGGAGGCUCCCGUACCAGUAUCUUUGGUGACCGCGAGCACAACAUGCACGGCCUUUCAUGGUUCUACAACUCGGGCUUUGCACCAAACAUGUACCGUCGCUGGUUGGGUCUCCGCGUGAACAACGACGGCGGCGAGGAGUUUGAAGGUACUGAGGACAAGAGCAAGAAGGGUAAGGGAGUCGGCAACAUGCGCGGCGGCGAGGGCAGAAUGUGUCUGCCUCCUAUGCUGCUCCAUCCCGUCAAGGAUGUCGAGUUGCCUGUUGAAGCUCCUGAGGCUGAUGCUGAGGAGGGCAAGGCCCCUCAGUCUGACCCCGGAGCAUAA